UCAGGUGUCCACCGUUGUGUUGAGAGGUAACAGAUAUCUGACUCAUACUCACGCCGCUGCUCAGAAGAGACCUCGCUCAUGGAGCCCUGACACACUUUUGUUUCCCAGCAUGCAGCAGGAGCUUUGGCAGAGGGCCCUUUCUGAUACCUGCGUGUGCGAUGAGAUCAGCCGCUGCACAAUCACUCCCGAUAAGACCAUCCGAGCAAGAACUGAAAAAUGCCAUAUCCAACAGCUUCAGCGGACACAACCACGUCUCCGGCAGACCAGCACAGCCCAGAGCCAAGUCCACCUCAGACACAGUUCAUUGCAGUUCUUUGCAUCAUCAUGGCCAUAAUCGAGAAAAUGCAGAUAAAUGUGAUACUGCCGAGGGUCCCUGGAACCUGAACAACCCAGUGAAAGCCUCGAGGAGCCACCAGGAGCUUCACAAAGAGCUGUUACUGGCCCACAGAAAAGGGCUGGUGGUGUGUGCUAAGCCAGAGCUUCAGAUGGUCCUGGAGAGGAGGAAGAGAGAGAAGACUCAGAAGGAGGAGGGCGAGCAGAGCAGGAGUCCUCUGGAGCAGGUGCUUCUCCAACGCCAGCAGAAGCAUCAGGAGAUGAUGGUCAGCAGCCUCCUAAAUAAGGAGAAAGAAGAGGAGCAGAAGGUACGUGAGGAGGUUCAGCUUUUGGAGUUCGUGCGAGUGCGGCAGAACUUGAAGAAAGUCCACACGGCUCUACAGAAGAACAUUCACUCCUGAAGCAGAUCAUCUGACUAAAGCAAACUUCAUUUGGACAUCCAGCUUCAUUUUGAAAUAAAGCACGUGGUGAUGCAUUGAAAUAAUCCUGUUAUUAAACCAUUUCAUACAUUUUAUUCAGUUGGACUAUGGUUUGAUAGUUAAUUUUAGACAUUGUUCUGACGAUAAAUAACUUUGCAAUGAUAGUUGUCAACUAACUCUCAUUAGAGUACUGUAAAAAGGUUCCACAUAAUUUCUACAUGUUGUCCCAACUCAAAUUGAUUACGUUAAAUGAUUCGUUUUUUUUUUUUCAAUUUAAGUGGUUGAACUUAAAACAAUUAAGUUGUUCCCCACAAAAAACUUAAAAAUUGUGUUAUAAGUAGUUUAAACAUGCAGCAAAGGUAAUUUUUGAGUGUAGUGGAAUAUUACACUAUUCAUUUAGGGUUCGUUUUAGGGUUAGUGAAACGAGCUGACAUAUAGUUGCAAAGUUACUUAUAGUCAGUUGAGUGUCUGUUGUGGAUCCAUCAUGAUAUGAAGUGUAGCAAAUAUUAAAAGGAUUAGUUCACCUACCCCCCCAAUAAAGUAAAUUACACCCCCUCAUGCUGAAACACUGAAGUCACAUGUUUUGACAAUGUUUUUGGUUUCUUUUCUGGACUUUGAUUGUCUUGUGACCAUUGCUGUCUAUGGAGGAUGGGGGAGCUCUCAGAUUUCACUUAAAAUAUGUUUAUUUGUGUUCUGAAGAUGAUCAAAGGUCUCAGAGGAUUGGAACCACAUGAGGGUGAGUAAUUCAUAACCACAUUUUCAUUUUUGGGUGAACUAACCCUUUAAUAACAAUAAUCUACUUACUCUUUAAUAAUGAC